CUGGCUAGAGAAUCAGAUCAGUUGACAAACAUGCAAGCUCUAAAAUUGGUGGUCUGCCUGGUGGUCAUGUGGGCCUCCGUUGUAUUUGGUGCUGGUUGUGAAUUUGAGGGUAAACAGCUGAAGGUGGGUGAAUGGAUGCAGCCCAAGGAUAAAUGUCUAAAGCUUGAGUGCAAAGCCGAUGGAGUAGCUGCUAUGGGAGGCUGCCCAGCGCCCGUCGUAAUACUUCCUACCCAAAAAUGCACCCGCAUCGAGGAAGACGGUACUAAACCCUGGGGUUCUUGCUGUGAGCAAGUUAUUUGCGAAGCGUAAUUAAAAAGAUUUCUUGUAUUAUUUUAAAAAAAUUA